GAGGCAAUCGAGUGCUCUAAGUCAGUCUUCCCCUCACCUCUCUGGCUCUCGCCACGCCCCUACAGUGCAUCGUGAACCCUCACUCGUCGCUCGCCCUAGCCUCAAAUUCCAGCAUGGCGCUUUACUACCAAUCACGAUAAUUCUACGUCGCCCUCUACAUCGAGACCAUCAUCAUGGGCGGCGGCCAGGGAAAGCCCGUCGACCUCAAUGGCGCAGUCAAUCUCAACGACUUCCGCCUGUUGAGAGUCGUCGGCCGAGGUGCUUUUGGAAAGGUGCGCAUCGUCGAGCGCAAGCAUACCAAUCUGUCAUUUUCCCUCAAGUACAUCCGCAAGGAUGAAGUCGUACGAUCCGAGCGCGUACGAAACAUCAUCCGCGAGCGGCGGAUGCUCGAAUACGUCAACCAUCCCUUCGUUUGCAACUUGAGAUACAGCUUCCAGGAUAUCGAGUACAUGUACCUUGUGGUCGACUUGAUGACCGGCGGUGAUUUGCGGUUCCACAUCACCAGAAAGACAUUCACCGAGGAGGCAGUCGGGUUCUGGAUCGCCGAGCUGGGGUGCGCCCUGAGGUAUAUCCACAGCCAGAACAUCAUCCACAGAGAUAUCAAGCCCGACAACGUCCUUCUCGACGCCGACGGCCACGUCCACUUGACCGAUUUUAAUGUUGCCUCAGACGUCGACGCUGGCAGGACUCUGACGGGCAAGUCCGGUACUCCGGCCUAUCUCGCCCCCGAAGUAUAUGCUGGAAAGGGAUACGAUGUCCGCGCAGAUUGGUGGUCACUGGGUGUUCUGUUCUACGAGUGCAUCUACAACAAGCGACCCUUCGACGGGGGCUCCGAAGGCUCCCUCAGCUCGCAAAUCCAGACCGCCAACCCCAAGUUCCCGGUCACCCAGCCCUCCGUGUCCCUUGCCUGUAUCUAUGCGAUCGGCUCCGCCCUCGACCCCAACCGAGACACUCGCAUGGGUUCGACAUGGGACAGUUUCGCCAAUCACGAAUUCUUCAAGGUCUUCGACUUUGAGCUCCUCGAGCAGAAGCAGAUCGAGCCCGUCUUUGUUCCCUCCCCCCACAAAACCAACUUCGACUUCACCUACCAUGUAGAAGAACUACUCUUGGAGGCAGCGCCGCUCGAGGCCCGAGCAAGACGCCAGAAGCCGAGAGAGCGGUUAAAAGCGGAUGCGACCGAUAAGGAGAUCCGCGAGGAUGAGCUAUAUCGGAUGAUUGAGACCGACUUUCGGCCGUUUGACUACACUGUGGCUGCAUAUAAGAAGAUCACUGAAGCCGCCCAAGGCCUUAAUGAUAAGGUGCAACCCGACCCGGACAACGCUCUUCAAGCCAUCACGACUGAUGAGACUAGCCCCAUGUCGGCCCCUUCCCCCCAGUUCCAGAACGACUUCCCAACCCCCCACCACCCCAUUAUCGCGGGCCAACGAGUCACAAGUCCCACUGGGGGCGUUCAGGUGACGCUCGAUGGAGGUGGUAGCUGGUCGGAGUUGGCACGCCAGGAUGCGACCCUACCGACGGAUGCCAAUAAUGCCGCGGAGGGCAAGGACGAGGGCUCAGGCGGCGUGUUUGGAUUCCUGAAGAGCAAGAAAGGGCGGAACAACAGCCCGAAACCCAAGGAGAGGGGUGUGUUGGGCAAGAAAGGCGCUCGAGCUGUCAUCGGCUAGAGAGGGCUCACAAUGGGCUAUUUGCGCAUUGGCGACGAUGGAUCGAUACCCAGUCUGAAGGCACAGCGGGAUGAAGACACAGCAAAACCUGGAAGGAAGAAGGCGGCAGCUCGUAGUGACUACCUUAUAUGACAUAACUGUGUUAUUUUACCUAAAUCGAAGCUCUCAUGAAGCUGGAUCUUCUCCGGAAGCCCGAU